UCCGGGAGCAGGAGCCCGCAGCCCCAGCAGGCCGGCGGCCGGCGGCGGAAAGGCCCUGGCGCCUUAGCGACGGCCUAUCUGGUCAUCUACAACGUGGUCAUGACAGCUGGGUGGCUUGUUAUAGCAGUUGGUUUAGUCAGAGCAUACCUUGCAAAGGGUAGCUACCAUAAUCUCUAUCAUUCAAUAGAAAGGCCUUUGAAAUUCUUCCAGACUGGAGCUUUGCUUGAGAUCCUGCACUGCGCAGUAGGGAUUGUUCCAUCUUCUGUUGUCCUGACUGCUUUCCAAAUCAUGUCAAGAGUUUUUCUGACAUGGGCUAUAACCCACAGUGUAAAAGAGGUGCAAAGUGAAGAUAGCAUCCUCCUUUUUGUGGUUGCCUGGACAGUCACAGAGAUCAUCCGUUACUCUUUCUACACCUUUAGUUUACUAAACCACCUUCCUUAUCUUAUCAAGUGGGCCAGGUAUACUUUGUUCAUCAUACUAUAUCCAAUGGGAGUUACUGGAGAAUUGCUCACGAUAUAUGCUGCUCUGCCCUUUGUCAGGAGAUCUGGUUUAUUUUCUAUUAGUUUACCUAACAAAUAUAAUUUCUCAUUUGACUAUUACACAUUUCUGAUCCUGGUUAUGAUAUCUUAUAUUCCAAUCUUCCCUCAGCUGUAUUUUCACAUGCUACAUCAGAGGAGAAAAAUACUUUCCGCUACUGAAGAACACAAGAAAUCUGAGUAACUCCAACUUCUUAGAGCUAUGCCCAUAUAUGUGUGCAAACAGAAACCUACCCAAACAUGUACACUCAAUCCAAGUUAAUAAAUAAUACAGAGUAAUAUUUAGGUUGAGAAACUAAAGUAAUCAACACUAGUAAUUUUUUUAGUAAAAUCAUUACCCUAUGAAAUUGCAUUUUCAGCAUGUCCUGUUAUAGUGAAACCUGUUUAUUUUUUUUUUAAGGUACCUAUAAUCUAUUGGCUAAGAACUACCAUUAUCACAUGCUUGGGUUGAUGGUCAUAGAUAAAUUGGCGUGAUUCUUGGAUUAGGAUUAUUUUUUUAUUUAUGCAAAAUUUACUUGCAUGUCAGAUACUUAACUUCAUCAUUAUAAGAAUAUUAUCUGGAAUGCUUUUAAACAUUUGCCUAAACUGCCAUCAGCCUACUAAAGGACUUCCUCCCAAGACUGCUGAUCCUGAUCCAGGACAAGAUCAUAUUCCUUGGAAUUUGAGGCACAAACCUAAACAAAGAGACAGUAUUACCAUGAUAAUAGCUGUAAUCAGUUGCAUAAGCUGCACAACUGAUUUUUUUAUGGAGUGGGGCCUUAAAAUACUGCAUUGUUGCACAAGAGUGAAUUGAGUGUUCUAAAGAUGCAACUUAAUCUUAAUACCUCAAACUUGGAUGUUCUCUUGCUAUUGAAUGCUUCCCCCCAACCUUAUUUUACUAAAAUGCACCCAACAUAGCUAAUUUGUUUUUACAAUCCAUGUUUUAUUGUUGAAAUACAAAGAAAGUAGAAAAAAAACCAAAUGUUGAAAUACAAAUAAAGUAUAUAAAGAUAGGAAAACAAGAUCAAACAAAAAAGACUGCUACAUUAAAGAAAACAUAGUGAAAAAAAAGAAAAAGUAAAUUACUUUUUAGUGAGACAUCUUCCCCCUCUCUUUCCUUUGUAUUCCUAACUACUAUACUAGCUUUAACUAAUUUGUGACUGGCAUUGACAAAAAAAAACUUUGUUAUGGCUUUAAAUUUGUUCUCCAAAUUCAUCCAAUUGUAAUCUGUUAAGAAAAUGUUUGAUUCUUUUAAAAAAAGAAGCAUUUGGGGAAAUUGAAGACACUUUUCUUUAAACCUGUUCAUUUAAAAUUCAAAACAUUUUAAUGGCUCCAUUAAUUUUGGUCCUAAAGAUGAUGCUAUUGCAGGAGAGUUUAAUGUGUUUCAAAGCUAUCUUGUUUGGAAAAUUGACAUUUUAUAUCAAAAACUGAUAAGAAAUCUUUGAAUACUUUUUAUUAAAUAACUGCUUUGAUAGUCUUGAAGAAAAUGCAAAUCAUUAUUUAUACUUUUUAAUUAGAAGCCAUAAUGAAAAGGAGAUAAACUUUAUUAUUGCUAAAAAAUUAUACUUUUUAAAGUAGUGCAAAACAUUGUGAAAGUGAGGUCCAAAGGAAAAUGUCAUAGACUCAUUACAAUAUCUAGUGCUACUCAUCCGCCAUAUACAUUUAGUCCUAAAUUUCUGCACAUUCACAUAUAGUCUAAGUGCAUCCACCUUAUUCCCUCUUUAUUCCAUCACAGUAACUUACUUUGCAUCACACUGCCACAUUUUUCUUCUGUUCUGCUGCCUUGGGGAGAAAAAUGCCAUCUAGAAACUUUUGGCAUUCUUGAGGAUCAUUCUGUAUAAUGUGAUUUUUUUUUGCAACUGACUCCCAUUAGUUCCUCCCAAUCAGGCACAUACUGCAUUAUGUUAAAGAGUUUGUCUCAUUGAUUUGUCUGUAACAACUUCAUAUCAAGUAGCAGCUUGUAUUAAAUGGUUCAUAGCCGAAUUUAUACAGAAAAUGUAAGCAUACAUUUGAAUGAAGUUUGGAAGAAGAACAGCACUUAGCUCAUUCCUCAAUUAUCCAUUUGGUGUGCUGAUGAGACAGUCUUUCCUUUGGGAAUACGAUGGCUUAUGGUUGAGAGCAAGUCAUGCCAUCUGAUCAUUCUAAGCCUGUAGCAAAGAUCACUCUAUUCUUCCCUUUGUAUACUACCAGCUUAGCACAUCUGUUCUACAUUGAAAUGGAUAACAUUGCCACUUCCAUGUCUUGCAGGAUUGUUAAAUUAUAGCAUGCAUUUUCUUAGAAUUUUUGGUAGCCAUUUACAUCCCCAGCUGGACAUUAACAAAGUAGCCACAUUCACUGAUUCAGGGGGUUGAGGUACAAAUUUAGCACACUGUUGGCCAUUUCUUUGUAUUCAUAACUGACAAGAAGAUUCUAUCACACUCUGGUUCAGUUUUCUCCUUGUGCAUAGGCUCAGGCUGUCUUAUGAAGACCAUGCUUUCUGUAUUAACUUCGGAAUGGUACAUUCUUGCCAGCUUGGACAUUACACAAGUUGCAGUUUAUAAUUUGAGUCCAUCUGGACCAUGCAAAUGUUUUUCUGGGCUUUAGGAGCCUAACAAAUAUUGCAUAGUCUCUUUUUUCAGCUCACCAUACAUCUCUGCAGGAAAAGAAUGCACAUGGAAUACUUUACUACCUCCGUCAGCUGUAGCUGCUGGUCAAGUACUUGUGUCAUUGGCACAAGACAGUACAAAUCAACUCUAAAUCUCUGCUGCUGUUCUUAAGGUCUGCUUUACAUGAUAUGGGGUAGCAAUUGUGUGAUACAGGUCUAUGCAGCACCUGCCUGCAACUCAUGAAAGCAGUUACAUCUGCCCCUGGAUUGCAUAGCUGCUGCUUGAUGGAUUCCUGCAUCAGAUAAUGGACUAAAUAAUCUCCAGGAUUACCCUUCCAAUCCUUACAUUCUAUGAUCCUGGAAACUGACAUGGCUGUUGAACUACAGAGAAGUGCUGCAGCAACGUUUCUACAUAUUCAUUCCAUCGCUCUUCUUCCAAAUUGAAUCCAAGACAACAGCCCAAUGUUUUAUUUCUGAUGGGUCAGUCCUGUCUCCUAAGCAGAUUUAUCUACUCUUAUAUGGCAGCAUACAUAUUGUUUUGAUGUGAUGGAUUUUACUUGAUCCGUAAUAGUAUUUUCUUUAAGCUGCUGUGCUUCUGCUGCCAUUCCUUCUGUCACGUCUUUGCUUGCAUAGGCUCAAUAAGGCUAUUUUGUAAGCUGCUUUAAAAUUUUCCUGGUACUUUACAGCAGGGAAUGGUAGUUUCUUUGCUGCUGAGAGCUACUCUGUUUUUGUUUGCUUGUUUGUACUGCAACCAAGAGCCACAAGGGAGAUGACCAUGUUGUGAUGAUGCCACUGAACAAAGCAGGACAAGAUUUUACAGACUUCCAUUUAGGUGGGACUGGGGCUUUUUUAAACAAAAGAUGGGCACACUGAGUUUAUUUUAGGGUCUCUUGGCGUUGCAAAACAAAGGCUGGCCACGAGAGGAAAGAUUUAAACACAUUUGGCUCUAAAAUUUUAUAGAAUAACUUCUUGUACUAGUUGGGUGAAAUAUAUCCCAAAUCCCAUUGUUUGUCCUUACUGUUUUUUCCAGAGCCAAGUUUAUUAUUUCUGAAGCUCUUGAUGGGGAAAAAAGUAUCCACCGUUAGGAAACAAAACCAGUUCAGAAACUUUUCUUUUUAAUACCCACUUUUUGAACUUCUAAUAAAGGUAGAACAACUUUC